AGCGCCCCGGAAGUGAUCUGCGGCGGCUGCUGCAGAGCAGCCAGGAGGAGGGUGGAUCUCCCGAGAGUGGAGCGGCCGGAGUCCUCUUCCUCCUCCUCCUCCUCCUCCUCCUCCUCCUCCGGCCGCCCAGGUUCCCCCGCCUCCCGUCUAACUCUUGCUGCUCCUUGGCGGAAUAUCUUCCUGAGGACAAGGGCUGGGCACCCUCCGGCCGGAGUCAGCGCAGCCGCGGCGUCUGGAGUCCGUAGGGCGGUGGACCGGCUCGCGGUGCAGAUUCUUCUUCAUCCUUUGGUGAAAACUGCAACAAAAGAUGGCUGCAAAUAAGCCCAAGGGUCAGAAUUCUUUGGCCUUACACAAAGUCAUCAUGGUAGGCAGUGGUGGUGUGGGGAAGUCUGCUCUCACUCUGCAGUUCAUGUAUGAUGAGUUUGUGGAGGACUAUGAGCCUACCAAAGCAGACAGCUAUCGGAAGAAGGUAGUACUGGAUGGGGAGGAAGUCCAGAUUGAUAUCUUAGAUACUGCUGGGCAGGAGGACUAUGCUGCAAUUAGAGACAACUACUUCCGAAGUGGAGAGGGUUUCCUCUGUGUCUUCUCUAUUACAGAAAUGGAAUCCUUUGCAGCAACAGCUGACUUCAGAGAGCAGAUUUUAAGAGUAAAAGAAGAUGAGAAUGUUCCGUUUCUGCUGGUUGGUAACAAAUCAGAUUUAGAAGAUAAGAGGCAGGUUUCUGUAGAAGAGGCAAAAAACAGAGCUGAUCAGUGGAAUGUCAACUAUGUGGAAACAUCUGCUAAAACACGGGCUAAUGUUGACAAGGUAUUUUUUGACUUAAUGAGGGAAAUCCGAGCCAGAAAGAUGGAAGAUAGCAAAGAAAAGAAUGGAAAAAAGAAAAGGAAAAGUUUAGCCAAGAGAAUCAGAGAAAGAUGCUGCAUUUUAUAAUCAGAGCCCAAACUCCUUUCUUAACUUGACCAUACUAAUAAAUAUAUAAUUUAUAAGCAUUGCCAUUGAAGGCUCAAUUGACUGAAAUUACUUUAACAUUUUGGAAAUUGUUAUGUAUCACUAAAAGCAUGAAUUGGAACUGCACUGAAAGUCAAAUUCACUUAAAAAAAAGAAAUUAAUGUGGCUUCACCAAGAAGCAAAGUUCAACCUGUUUCAUAAUUGCCUACAUUUAUCACGGUCCUGAAUGUAGUGUGUGAGCUUGUAUUUUGAGGGCAGUCUUUCUUGAACUGUUAAAUAAAGAGGUAAAAUGGGGGGUGGGGAAUGGGAGGAAAGGCUACUUCCUCUGGCUUAUUAUUAUAAAUCUUAAAUUUUAUAUCAUUUUAAAAUGUCUUGGUCUUCUACUGCCUUGAAAAAUGACAAUUGUGAACAUGAUAGUUAAACUGUACCACUUUUUCUUUUAACCAUUGUUAUGCAAAAUAUAAACGAAAAAGUGAUUGGCAUGGUUGUUGCAUAUUGUUCAAUGAGAGUAAUUCAUCUGUGAACCUGCAUCAUUUACCUGGUGAUUAAGUAAGAAAAGUGGUGUGAACUUGUAUAUGAAAAUUUUUGAAUAUGCCUUAAUUUAAAAACCGAAAAAUACCCGGUUAUACUAUUCUGGGUGUGUCCUCCCUGGCUCCAUGGGCCUGUUAUCCCAUGUGUCCUGGUGAGAGAAUGUAUAUGCCUACUAGGGAGUACAGCUUUUGUAUAGAAGAUUGUUGAGAAAUAACUGUCUACUAGGAGUCUGUCCAAAUUUAAAAUGUGUGCCAUACUCUGGUUCUUGAAAAUCAGGUUUCAGAGCUCCUUGAUUGCUUUGAAUAAACUAUAAGGUGGUUUAAAAUGAAGGGCCAGCAGAAACUUGUAAGAUGAUUUUAGACUGUCUAAGAAUUCAUCAUUCAUUAUGCUUUAGUGAACCAUUUUUUCUUUAAGCUGCUGGUCCCUGGAAAUCCCCUUUUGCAGGUGGUGAGCAUGGAAUUGUUACGUUUUUCAUUUCCUUGGAGCAGGGCACAGGAAAAACAUCCAUAGUGCUCUAAUGCAUUUAGCUCUAGGACACUUUGGGAAAGUAUCCAUGCUUGCCACCAUUAAUUUCUAAGUUUGUACUCAUGAGGUAACAGUUUGACAAUACUGGAGUUGUUAGGGUUGUUUGUAGUUAUUUAUGUUCCUAAUGAAGAACACUGUAACUACAUUUUCCUAAAGUUAACGUCAAGCAAUCAAACCUGUAUAUAAUGCAGAAAACAUGUUUGGCAUACACAGACCAAACAUUAGGCCUGCGUGCUAUGUCACCAUCGUGUGGUGUUUUCUCCCAGUGGAAGAAUUCUAGCACAUUAUUUGGCAACGUAAUUUCAAUGGGAAAUAUGCCACUGUCAAAUUUUCUUUCCUUUUUGGAAUAGGGCUAGGACAGUUGACUGAACAAAGUUUAUCUUUCUUUUUGUUCAGUCCUGAUUUCAAAAGGUCAAAGAUGUAUGUGUUCAGGCAUUCCAGGUAACAGGUGUGAACGUAAAAUUAACAGAAAUAGGCAUUUUAGGAACUCUUUAGAUAUUACAUCUAGCUUGUCAUGUUAAAUAUUUGUCCUUCAGAAGUUUGAGAUGUACAUCUUUUCAUAUUUUUCAUAGGCUAUGCCAUGUGCAGAAUUAAAGUUACCCAUGUAACACUGGCCCAGUGGGGGCCCAUCGAUCUCAAUGUGUACUCAUUGCAGUCUUAUUUAACCAGGGGUCCUAACCACUAACAUUGUGACUUUGCUUUGAGACCUUUCCUCUCCUGGGUACUGAGGUGCUAUGAAGCCAACUGACAAAGAUGCAUCAUAUGUCUUAGGCUGAUGCCACUACCCAAUUUGUUUAUUUGCAAUUUGAGCCAUUUAAAGACCAAUAAACUUCCUUUUUAAAAA